GAAAAUUAAUAACAAAGGCAGUGUACGAAGAAAUUUUUGAGCUGAAAGGAGAUUGGACUUCGCUUGACAUCGAAUCGUGUGUAUAAAGUACAUUGGAAAAUCGUUUGCAUCAACAAUACGAAGACGUCCGAGAUUUGUCCUCCGCGCAAUUGAUGGAGCCUCAAAGUCAAUCGCAUUCUGAGCAUCAAUUAGGACCGACCAGAAACCAAGAAAUAGUUUGGCAGAAACAUAACAAAGAUAUGGGUAGACUUAAAGAUUUUAUCAAAAAGGAAUGGCCUGUUCCUCCCAGAACUUCAGGAAGUACUAUAAAACUUGAGAACUUUUGCUGUCCAUUUGUUUCCACAACCCUGAACUCAACUGUGUUCAUCAUAUCAAUCGGGCUGAAUUCUGCGUUUACAAGAAAUACAUAUUCUGCAGAUCGCGAUGACCCAUGGGCCAUUUCCAUGCAAAAUCCUGACGAAAACCCGGAGCUGGCGAAAUUUAUUAGCGAGCAAUGGGAGAAGAUGAAACUUCAAGGAAGUUGCGAAGGAAUUGAUUUAAUUGCCAAACAUAUCGUGUAUGAUGCUUCAGAUGUUAACUCGCCACCGCAACUGGUUUCCCUUGAAUGUGACAACCAGACCUAUGUGAGAGCCAGGCUUCCUCAUAGUAAUAUUACUAUCUGGAGCCAUCCGCCUAGAGAUCAAGCAUUGAGGGCAUCUAUACGUGGGCAUCUAGAAGAAGGUAAAGGAAAGUGUAAACAAAAGCUUGGAAAUGUGGAGAAAUGUGCAAAGGAUAUGGAAAAACAAACUUGCUCAACACAAGAUUGGGAAAAAGAAAGGAGGAAAACCCGAAACGCAUUCAAUAAAUUUUAUGAAGAUUUUAGAAAUAUCCUAGGCCCCGAAGAGCUACCAUUUUCCUUCCAAUUGCCAACAAUCCAACUGGAGUAUGGAAAACAACGCUAUGGAAACUUAUCUUCUGGUGUUUAUAAAGCAAAUGAUAAUGAGGCACAUAAUGUAUUUACUGUGAGUGGUGUAUUACCAAGAAAUUCCAAGAAGGAUGUGUACGAUUCCACAAUAGGAAAAAUAUUGAUGGGAAUUACUUUCGAGCAACUGAUGACUGAUGAUGUCGAAAAUGAAGCGGAUGGUAAAUAUCAAGAAUAAUUUUCAAAUGUUCAAUUAUUCUGAACUUAGAUGUAAUUUUCGUUAAUUUAAAAUAAUUACUUGUGCCAUUUAACAGUUCAUGAUAGACAGUGAUAAAACUUAGGUUUGUUAUUGCAGUUGGAUAGGGGGGAGAAUCCAAUCAAU